ACCUAUAAUGGUUACAGGUUACAGGUCAUCAUCUCCUGAAUCAAUACUAUCAGAGAUAGAUUUACAAACAGAUGCAUUUGAUGACUCUGUGAUUGAUCUUAGAAGAACUUCACCUGAGUCAAUCAUAUCUGUCAAUGAAAAUAGACCACUGUCCCCUGAUUCACCUGUUCCUGAGUUCACACAAUCCUCAGACUCAUUUGUCAUGCCAGAGUUAGGCUCUCGACCGACUUCUUCAGAAUCAGUCUGUUUGGAUGACGAAAAUGAAUUUUGUCUGUCUGACCUUAAUCUAGAGCAAAGACCAGACUCUCCUAAAUCAAUAUCAUCAGAAGCUGAGGGUAGACCACUGUCCCCUGACUCACCUGUACCUCAAUUCUGUGCAUUUUUCCCUCAGAGUGCUUUCCGAGUAACAGGACAUCGAUCAUGUUCACCUCAAUCGAUAUGCUCAGAAACAACGGAUUACGAGCCUUCCUUUGCUGACCCAUUCACCUUAGAACAUCGUCCAGAUUCCCCUGAUUCAAUUUUAUCUGACACUGAUGAAAGACCUCUUUCCACAGACUCCUUCCCUGAUUGGAGACCUAUGUCACCUGAAUCUGCAAUGCUAUUGGCAGACAUUAGACGGUCUUCUCCACAGUCAGUUGGCUCCAUAAAUGAAUGUAGGCCCCUAUCUACAGACUCACCUGUGCCACAGUAUUUUGCAGCAGUUUUUGAGUCAAUUCCUGUAACAGAUUAUAGAUCCUCAUCCCCUGAGUCUGUAUGGUCAGAGGAGGAAUAUGAACUAAAUGUUUUCUCCUCAGUUUCAUCUCCAGAACCAACAGAAUAUAUCAGUGGACACAGAUUUGUGUUUAGUUCUUUAUCACCAGACUCUCCAAUACCUCAAUUUUAUGCCUCCCAUUUUGAACCUAUAAUGGUUACAGGUUACAGGUCGUCAUCUCCUGAAUCAAUACUAUCAGAGAUAGAUUUACAAACAGAUGCAUUUGAUGACUCUGUGAUUGAUCUUAGAAGAACUUCACCUGAGUCAAUCAUAUCUGUCAAUGAAAAUAGACCACUGUCCCCUGAUUCACCUGUUCCUGAGUUCACACCAUCCUCAGACUCAUUUGUCAUGCCAGAGUUAGGCUCUCGAUCGACUUCUUCAGAAUCAGUCUGUUUGGAUGAUGAAAAUGAAUUUUGUCUGUCUGACCUUAAUCCAGAGCAAAGACCAGACUCUCCUAAAUCAAUAUCAUCAGAAGCUGAGGGUAGACCACUGUCCCCUGACUCACCUGUACCUCAAUUCUGUGCAUUUUUCCCUCAGAGUGCUUUCCGAGAAACUGGACAUCGAUCAUGUUCACCUCAAUUGAUAUGCUCAGAAACAACGGAUUACGAGCCUUGCUUUGCUGACCCAUUCACCUUAGAACAUCGUCCAGAUUCCCCUGAUUCAAUUUUAUCUGACACUGAUGAAAGACCUCUUUCCACAGACUCCUUCCCUGAUUGGAGACCUAUGUCACCUGAAUUUGCAAUGCUACUGGCAGACAUUAGAGGGUCUUCUCCACAGUCAGUUGGCUCCAUAAAUGAAUGUAGGCCCCUAUCUACAGACUCGCCUGUGCCACAGUAUUUUGCAGCAGUUUUUGAGUCAAUUCCUGUAACAGAUUAUAGAUCCUCAUCCCCUGAGUCAGUAUGGUCAGAGGAGGAAUAUGAACUAAAUGUUUUCUCCUCAGUUUCAUCUCUAGAACCGACAGAAUAUAUCAGUGGACACAGAUUUGUGUUUAGAUCUUUAUCACCAGACUCUCCAAUACCUCAAUAUUAUGCCUCCCAUUUUGAACCUAUAAUGGUUACAGGUUACAGGUCGUCAUCUCCUGAAUCAAUACUAUCAGAGAUAGAUUUACAAACAGAUGCAUUUGUUGACUCUUUGAUUGAUCUUAGAAGAACUUCACCUGAGUCAAUCAUAUCUGUCAAUAAAAAUAGAAAACUGUCCCCAGAUUCACCUGUUCCUGAGUUCACACCAUCCUCAGACUCAUUUGUCAUGCCAGAGUUAUGCUCUCGAUCGACUUCUCCAGAAUCAGUCUGUUUGGAUGACGAAAAUGAAUUUUGUCUGUCUGACCUUAAUCCAGAGCAAAGACCAGACUCUCCUAAAUCAAUAUCAUCAGAAGUUGAGGGUAGACCACUGUCCCCUGACUCACCUGUACCUCAGUUCUGUGCAUUUUUCCCUCAGAGUGCUUUGCGAGUAACAGGACAUCGAUCAUGUUCACCUCAAUCGAUAUGCUCAGAAACAACGGAUUACGAGCCUUCCUUUGCUGACCCAUUUGCCUUAGAACAUCGUCCAGAUUCCCCUGAUUCAAUUUUAUCUGACAUUGAUGAAAGACCUUGUUCCACAGACUCCUUCCCUGAUUGGCGACCUAUGUCACCUGAAUCUGCAAUGCUACUGGCAGACAUUAGAGGGUCUUCUCCACAGUCAGUUGGCUCCAUAAAUGAAUGUAGGCCCCUAUCUACAGACUCACCUGUGCCACAGUAUUUUGCAGCAGUUUUUGAGUCAAGUCCUCUAAUAGGCUAUAGAUCCACAUCCCCUGCAUCUGUAUUGUUAGAGGAGGAAUAUGAACUAAAUGAUUUCUCUUCAGCUUUAUCUCCUGAUCCAACAGAAUAUAUCAGUGAAGAUGGAUUUGUGUUUAGAUCUUUAUCACCAGAUUCUCCAAUACCUCAAUAUUAUACUUCCCAUUUUGAACCAAUAAUGGUAACAGGUUACAGGUCGUCAUCUCCUGAAUCAAUACUGUCAGAGAUAUAUUUACAGACAGAUGCAUUUGAUGACUCUGUGAUUGAUCUUAGAAGGUCUUCACCUUGUUCAAUCAUAUCUGUUAAUGAAAACAGACCACUGUCCCCAGAUUCACUUGUUCCUGAGUUAACACCAUCCACACACACAUUCAUCAUGCCAAAGUCAGGCUCCCGAUCAACCUCUUCAGAAUCAGAAUCUUUGGAUGAUGAAAAUGAAUGCUGUCUAUAUGGCCAUAUUUCAGAGCAAAGACUUGAUUCUCCUCAGUCAAUGACAUCAGAAAUCAAGUAUAGACCACUGUCCCCUGACUCAAUAAGUGAUUAUAGACCUAUGUCACCUCAUACAAUAGCAGUGAUAGAUUGUGCAUCUCCAGAAUCCUUUAUGUCAUUGGAGGAGUGUGGACCAUUAUCUCCAGACUCACCUGUUCCACAGUUUUCUUGUAGCCAUGAAAUAGCAUCGUUAAACAUAUACAGAUCAAAGUCUUCUGAGUCACUUACAUCAGAAGCAGACAUAGAGCUUUGGGUUUUUGGAUCUCAAGCUACUGACCAGAGACCCUCAUCACCUAAUUCAGUAAUAUCCUUAAAUGAAAAUAGUAAAUUAUCACCAGACUCACCCAUUUCUGACUUCAAAUCAUUAAUUUGUGUAAAUGUCACUCAAGGAGCCACAUGUAGAUCAUCCUCACUAGAAUCUAUUGCAUCCGAUGAAGAGUUUGACAUGGCAAGCUUUGUAUCUGAGGACAUUACAACGGCUGAAAACAGACCUUUAUUUCCCGAUUCAGGUGAAUUAUCUCCUGUUGAUCGAUAUUGUUUACAAAUAGAAAAUAAGCAAACUGCAUAUCCAAGUCAACAAUCACUACAUGACCAGAAAGUAUCUGAGACUGUUACACAUCUGUCAUUGCAUGAGACUCUCAGAAUGGUGCCUCAGUAUAAGCUUGUGUACAAAACUGUUCCUUUAGCAUUAAUAUCCCAAUUGUAUGAUCCUCAAUACAAAGGUGAAACUUUCUGUUUAAAGCCAGGUGUGUUUGAGUAUGCUGGAUGUAGAAUGGAGAUUAUGACCCCUCUCUCUUCUCCUGAAAUUCCACUAAAUUAUGAAAGUACUCUGCAAAGCGAUACUGAAAUCCCCAAUCGUGUUAUAUCAGGUAGUGAAAAAACAUCUUUCUCUCAUGCUAUUAUGCAAACAGCACGUACCGUUUCACAGGAAUCACAUGUGCAAGCAGAAUCCUUUGAUUUAUUUGUAGAAAACCGAGCACUUUCUCCUGAUUCUCUUUCUGAAUAUACAACUUUAUUUGAAUGUCUUAUGAAAAUCUCAGAUAGUAGAGCAUCCUCGCCAGAAUCAUUUACAUCUGUGAAUGAAUAUAGGCAACUUUCUCCUGAUUCACCUAUUCUUGUGCACAGGCCUUUAUUAACAGGAGCAGAGUUUUAUGCUGAAAGUCGACCCUCGUCUCCUGAGACGAUAUUUUCAGUAAACGAAUUUCAGAGACUUUCACCUGACUCACCUAUACCUGAAUACUCAACACCAUCACCAGUUCCAAAUGAACACAGAUCUGAAACUAAACCACUGUCCCUUUUACAGUUUAAUGGUCAGAGUUCUGAUUUGGGCUCAGUGGAUCCUGAAUACUGGUCCUCAUGGCGUCCAUUGCCAGAAUGGACAGUGUUUGAACCCAGACCUUUAUCAACUCUCUCUAAUAUUUCAGACACUUAUUCUCUAUCUUUAUCACCCCAGUCCUUUUAUUUUGAAUCAGAAUUGAGGUAUCCAUCCCCUGAAGCAGCAACUUUAGAAACAGAACUAACAGAAACCAUUUCUCCAGAACCUUUAAUUUUUGAGUCAGUGACAUUUGAACCUGAAUAUGAAGAGUAUGCUGAUAAUGUGAGUCAGUUGUCAAUCCCUGAUUCUGAAGGCAUUAAGGAAGAUGAUGUUUCCCUCUCCAAAAAUGAUGCUGCUUUGCUGAAUCAGGUGACAUUUGAACAAUGUAGUGCACAAACUAAAUCUCUGUCCAAAAUAGUGGCUACUGAGACUUUUCCUGAAACUAAAAUAAAGUCCCAAUCCAAAGUGGAGAUAAAGCCAAAGUCAUUGGAUGAACGAGCCUCAGAGCCAAGACCAGAGGAAACGAAAAGUGCAACAAAGGAAAUUACUUACCGUUUAGAAAAGGACGCAUACAUGGCAACAGCUGCAUCUGCAAGCGAAGGGACUAGUGAAGGCCAAGUAAUCCUUAAAAGAGAUGAGAGACACAUGGAAAGUCCACAACAGCAUGAAGAAGAACUAGAACAUGAAUCAACCAAACUAGCCCCACAAGAGUCACAGGAAAGGGAAAGUGCCUCAAAUAAGGCAAUUCAUUUAGAGCCUCAAGAGACAGAUUUAGGUGUAAGGCAAGGAGAUGCAUCAUCCAUGAUUUCAAAAAUCACAGCUUUCUCAGAGGAGAACUCAUUAGACCAUACAAUAACCACUCAUGACAGUAAGAUGAUAAGUUUAGAACAUCAACAGAAGUUAAUAGCCUCCUCGUUGACCAGUGAAUCAUCGAAAGAAUCAGAUCCAAGGGUCACCACCAUGAUACCUGAAGAGAUCUUUGCAUUUGAUGCCCGCAAAUCCAAUGUAUCUCCUCAUCCAUUACCAAAAGAACCAAGAGCAUCCACUGGAUCACAGGAAUUACAUUCUUUUCAAUUUCAUCUCCAAGAAUCUCACAGAAGAGUAACACCAAAUUUAACUGCUUCCUCUCAGCUGAGUUUGAGUCUCAAAUCACCUGAUUACAGACAUUUGCUCUCAGGAUCCAUCAAUAUACCAUCAACAGGCAUUCAGGUGUCACCCACUGAUUUAAGUCCAAUAUCUCAUGUAUAUAGCACAUCCUCCUCUGAUCAAGAGCUCUCUCCAUUGUCCCGUGAAUCAGCUGCAGGGAUUUUCCAAGUGUCCCCUGGCUUUAAGUAUGCACUCUCUGAAUUUGAACAGACAUUAUCAUCAUUUGGUGGUAAAAAACCUGAAUCAAAUUUAGUUUUUCCAGGAACGUAUCCUCUUGUAGCUGCAAUGACACCUCGUUCUCUGGAAGUGACUCAAGAGCUCAAAGCCUCUAAAUUGCCUACAAGACUGACAGAUGACCAGAAGCAGUUAGAUGCCAGUACCGUUAUAGAUGUUGACUCUCCACUUUACAGUGUCAAUCUUAAAGCCAGGCCAAGACUUGUUCAUGCAGAUAGCACAGAUGUUGAGUCAGAUGUUGAGUUUUUUGAUUGCUGUCAAACGUUUUCGGAUACGUCAGAGCCAGAGCUUGGAUCAGCAGAGCUUUUAGAUGUUCCUCAAACAGUUUACCAAGUUGAGGAACCACCAUCUUUACCAAGCAGCCCAGAGUACCUGACAGGUAUUACUAAGCUUAGAGAAUACGCCCAGUUAAAAAAGGAUGACCGACCCCUGUCCUGGGGCAGUGAGGAUCUUGAUUUGCCCCUGGUUCUUGAGCCAGAGGAUGAAUAUACUGGUGAGGAGAAAGCUUAUGCUUACGGUUAUGCAGGUGAUCAUUCAUUUGCUGAAGAGCUGCCUCCAAGGGAGGGAGCACAGUAUGACGAUGAUGAUGAUGAUGAUGAUUCUCUAGGGAGGGUAAGCUGUUUAGCAUGAGCACUCUGUUGACCUUUGCAUCGCGUGCUCAGUUUCUUCUGAAAAGUGUUAUAUUCCCCUGACCUGUGCUAACAAGUUGACUUAAACACAUUUAAAUUAAAGAAUAAUGAAUAAUCGUUGCUUAUAUAUGUACACCCCAGUUGUUGCAUUUACCUUGGCGUGCUUUAAGUAAAUUUUGUCCAAUUGCUUGUUUUUGCACUUUACAUCCAACCCAUUUUUCUUGACCGCAAGAUUUUGGUUGAUAACCAUUUCCAGCAGUGUCAUCUUUUCAUUCUCAUUAACCUUUAAUUUCAUCUAAUAUUUCGUUAGCAUCAAAAGCUGUUUAAUUAGUUGUAGAGAAGAAGAAAAACUAACUGUAGCAAUAGUAACACACUGCUGAAAAUAACAGUUUUUAUUUUAAGGGAAAAAUGAACUUUCAGAGUGCAUUGGUUUUGCAUGGUGUGACAUGCAAGUACAUGAUAUAUACUGUAGUACCUAAGACAUACACCCUCACUGCAUCUCUGCUGAAUCUUAGGAGAUAGCUGAGGAACUAGGUUUGCUGUCUGAUAGUUCAGAGGAGGAGGUGUUGACCACCAGGGUGGUGCGACGCAGAGUUGUAA